GAGGUUCAAGAGAGUGUGACGUCGCGUUGGCGUUUGUGCUCGGAAUCGCGACUAAGGCUUUUUUUUUUUUUUUCCUGUGAACGAUUAGGCUAUGGCUGCGAUAAAGGCCGUAAACUCCAAGGCUGAGGUGGCGCGGGCCCAGGCAGCUUUGUCUGUCAAUAUAUGCGCCGCCCGAGGGCUGCAGGAUGUGCUGCGGACCAACUUGGGUCCUAAAGGCACCAUAAAAAUGCUUGUUUCUGGUGCAGGUGACAUCAAACUCACCAAAGAUGGCAAUGUGCUGCUCCAAGAGAUGCAAAUUCAACAUCCAACAGCUUCCUUGAUAGCAAAAGUAGCAACAGCUCAGGAUGACGUCACAGGAGAUGGUACUACUUCAAAUGUUCUAAUUAUUGGAGAGUUAUUAAAACAAGCUGAUCUGUACAUUUCUGAGGGCCUGCACCCUAGAAUAAUAGCUGAAGGAUUUGAAGCUGCAAAGAUAAAAGCACUUGAAGUUUUGGAGGAAGUUAAAGUGACAAAGGAGAUGAAAAGAAAAAUCCUCUUAGAUGUAGCUAGAACAUCAUUACGAACUAAAGUUCAUGCUGAACUGGCUGAUGUGUUAACAGAGGCUGUGGUGGAUUCUGUUUUGGCUGUUAGAAGACCAGGUUACCCUAUUGAUCUCUUCAUGGUAGAAAUCAUGGAGAUGAAGCAUAAAUUAGGAACAGAUACAAAGUUGAUCCAAGGAUUAGUUUUGGAUCAUGGUGCCCGUCAUCCAGAUAUGAAGAAGCGAGUAGAAGAUGCAUUUAUCCUUAUUUGCAACGUUUCACUAGAAUAUGAAAAAACAGAGGUGAACUCUGGUUUCUUUUAUAAGACUGCAGAAGAGAAAGAGAAAUUGGUAAAAGCUGAAAGAAAAUUUAUUGAAGAUAGAGUACAAAAAAUAAUAGACCUGAAAGACAAAGUCUGUGCUCAGUCCAAUAAAGGAUUUGUCAUCAUUAAUCAAAAGGGAAUUGAUCCAUUUUCCUUAGAUACUCUUGCAAAACAUGGAAUAGUAGCUCUUCGCAGAGCAAAAAGAAGAAAUAUGGAAAGACUCUCUCUUGCUUGUGGUGGAAUGGCUGUGAAUUCUUUUGAAGAUCUCACUGUAGAUUGCUUGGGACAUGCUGGUCUUGUGUAUGAGUAUACGUUAGGUGAAGAAAAGUUCACUUUUAUCGAGGAGUGUGUUAACCCUCACUCUGUUACCUUGUUGGUUAGAGGACCAAAUAAGCAUACUCUCACACAAAUCAAGGAUGCCAUAAGAGAUGGACUUCGUGCUAUCAAAAAUGCCAUUGAAGAUGGUUGUAUGGUUCCUGGAGCUGGUGCAAUUGAAGUGGCAAUGGCUGAAGCUCUCGUUACGUAUAAGAACAGUAUAAAAGGAAGAGCUCGUCUUGGAGUCCAGGCUUUUGCUGAUGCCUUACUCAUUAUUCCCAAGGUUCUUGCUCAGAAUGCUGGUUAUGACCCACAGGAAACACUAGUAAAAGUUCAGGCUGAGCAUGUCGAGUCAAAACAACUUGUGGGCAUAGAUUUGAGUACAGGUGAGCCAAUGGUAGCAGCAGAUGCAGGAGUUUGGGAUAAUUAUUGCGUAAAAAAACAACUUCUUCACUCUUGCACAGUGAUUGCCACCAACAUUCUCCUGGUUGAUGAAAUUAUGCGAGCUGGGAUGUCUUCUCUCAAAGGAUGAUUGAAUUCAAAAUCAACCCUUAUAGAAGAUGAAAUUUAGUACACUUUACAUCUGACUACUAUUGUGUAGCCUGAGCCAUUCUGAAUUUCUACACAAUAAAUGCAGUUUAUAUCUUUUGGAUCUUAA